ACAGAUCCCCGCAACGAGAUUAAACUUUAAUAUAACAUCUUCCACCUUUCAUUGUUACCCUCAAUACCCCUCUUCACCUCUCUCUUCAACAUGGGCCGCGAUCAAGAUCCAUUAGGCACAAAGCCAGACGAACAAAUCUUGCAGGGCAAGACAGCAUCAAAAUACACAGAUCCAUGCAAAAAAGCAGCUGCUUUGAGCAUGAAAUGUCUAGAGGACAACAUGUACGAUCGAACAAAGUGUGCUUAUGCAUUCAAUAAUUACCGGGAAUGUAAGAAGCAAUGGAUUGCAAGCAGGAAACAAGGAGGAUUACCACCACAAGAGAAUGCCUGAGGUAAUCUCAUUCGAUGUUUCAACCAGCCACUGUAUUUCUACGCAUUCC